AUGUGCGCCUGUACCGGUAUUAAAAAUAUAAUCAACGAUGGGAUUCGAAGUGGAUUUGCCUGGUAACGAUAUAGAUGAUAUAGAGGAUUUGAUAUCGGCCGAAGAUAUAAAACCCCGUGAACGCUAUGAAAACAAAAAGAGUGUAACCGUGCGUGCCAAGAAACGAGCACAAAUUAAACCCACAUUGUGCGAUGGCGAAGCCGAAGCGACGCCACAGCCAGAGAAAACUAUUUACGAAAGUGUUAUUCCCGGCACCCAAAAGGUGUAUGUGAAGACCUGGGGCUGUGCACACAACAACUCGGAUUCGGAGUAUAUGGCCGGUCAGCUGGCGGCGUAUGGCUAUAAUUUGAGCAGCAAAGACGAAGCAGAUCUAUGGUUGCUGAACAGCUGCACCGUCAAGAAUCCCUCCGAGGACACUUUUCGCAAUGAAAUCGAGUCGGGUGUACGCAAUGGCAAGCAUGUCGUUGUUGCUGGUUGCGUACCACAAGGCGCCCCAAAGUCAGAUUAUUUACGCGGACUAUCCGUAAUUGGCGUUCAGCAAAUCGACCGGGUUGUCGAGGUGGUCGAAGAAACACUUAAGGGACACAGUGUGCGCCUUCUACAGAACAAGAAGGUUCACGGUCUUCGAGUGGCCGGCGCGCCGUUGUCGUUGCCAAAGGUGCGAAAGAACCCGCUAAUCGAAAUCAUAUCCAUCAAUAGUGGAUGCCUCAAUCAGUGUACCUAUUGCAAAACAAAGCACGCACGUGGAGAUUUGGCUAGCUAUCCGCCGGCUGAAAUAGUUGAACGUGCGCGCCAAUCCUUUGACGAGGGCUGUUGUGAAAUCUGGCUAACUUCUGAGGACACUGGUGCCUACGGCCGUGAUAUCGGCAGCUCGUUACCGGAGCUGCUAUGGCAGCUUGUCGAGGUUAUACCUGAGCACUGUAUGCUACGCGUUGGUAUGACGAAUCCGCCCUACAUUCUGGAACACCUCGAGGAGGUGGCAAAGGUGUUACAGCAUCCACGCGUUUACGCCUUUCUUCACGUUCCAGUGCAAAGCGGCAGUGAUUCGGUGCUAGGUGAGAUGAAGCGCGAGUAUUGCCGCAAAGACUUUGAGCAUGUGGUGGAUUUCCUACGGUCUCGAGUGCCAGGUCUAACGAUUGCCACUGACAUUAUAUGUGGCUUUCCCACAGAGACAGAGGAGGACUUUGAGGAGACAAUGUCGUUGUGCAAAAAAUAUCAAUUUCCCAGUCUAUUUAUUAAUCAGUUCUUUCCCCGACCGGGCACGCCAGCAGCCAAAAUGGAGCGCAUACCAGCUAAUCUGGUAAAAAAGCGUACUAAGCGGCUAACCGAUCUGUUCUAUAGCUACCAGCCGUAUGCGGGUCGCGAGGGCCAUGUGUACACAGUGCUGGUAACGGAAAUAUCACAUGAUAAGCUUCACUACGUGGGCCACAACAAGAGCUACGAGCAAGUGCUGCUCCCGAUGCGGGACAACCUGCUGGGCACUCGAGUGCGUGUGCGAAUCAUAGGCACAAGCAAGUUCAGCAUGAUGGCCGAGAUACUGGACGAGGAGAGCGACUGGACACGUUGCGACAGUAGCAAACCAGCGCAAGUUGCGACCAGUAGCAGCCAAAGCAGUCGAGGCCAGCACUAUAUAGGCGUCGCUUUGAUCAUAGGUGCCAUUGCAUAUGCGUUACAAUUGCUUUACCGUUUGUUGGUUCAAUGAAAUAAAAUAACAAGACAAGGAUUCAUGAAUUGAUAA